CAAAAUUCCAAAGCUUUGAUGAGUGAAUGAAUAAUGCUUGUGUAGAUUUUGGUCUACAAAACACAUUUACCCUCCAAUCUCAAGUUCUCCUCUCACUUCUCCAACAAUGGCCGCCGCCGCUGCAGCAUUUUCAGCAUCUUCUACCUUCAACCACCCCUCCAAAACCCAAAGCUCUACCUUCCCUUCUCUGACCUCACUUUCAUUCUCCCGCAAGCCCGUAUCAUCUGUCUCUUCUCAGAUUCGCUCCUUGGAAUCCCUCAAACUCAAUCGUUGUGCCCGAUUCCUAAGCGCCGCCGCCCCGACGGCAGCUUCCUCCGCCACCAGCGCUACCACCACGUUUCAUGGGUUGUGCUAUGUCGUGGGUGACAACAUUGAUACCGACCAAAUCAUCCCCGCCGAGUACCUGACACUCGUCCCGUCGAACCCGGAUGAGUAUGAGAAACUUGGGUCUUAUGCCCUCAUUGGCUUGCCAGCCUCGUAUCAAACUCGGUUUGUGGAACCUGGUGCCACGAAGACCAAGUACUCUAUAGUGAUCGGUGGUGAUAACUUUGGCUGCGGCUCGUCCCGUGAGCACGCCCCCGUGGCGUUGGGUGCUUCAGGUGUGGCGGCUGUGGUGGCGGAGUCGUACGCACGGAUUUUCUUUAGGAAUUCGGUGGCGACAGGGGAGGUUUAUCCAUUGGAGUCGGAGGGAAGGUUGUGCGAGGAGUGUAGUACUGGGGAUGUUGUUACAAUUAAGCCAAUUGGUGAUGCUGGCCCAGUCAUUGAGGCAGGUGGGAUUUUUGCUUAUGCGAGGAAGUCCGGGAUGAUCCCUUCUCGGGAUGCCUAGUUUUCUUCAGUUUGUCAUUCACAUUCUGGCCUUGUAUGCAAGUCAGGAUCUUUAUUCAUGUUGAACCUGUUCAAGGCAACAGCAUUUGUCUUUUCCACCGGAGUAGUGUACUUCUAGUGUGUUUUCAAGUUUCACCUUGAAAAUAUCUCUCUCAAUUUCAACAUUGAUAAUAAGUGAAGGAAGUCUGAAACUUAGAUCUUGCUGUAUGUCACUUGUAUGAACACCAAAUUUGAGUAAUGAUCUUUUUCUAUCAACUGCAAGUAGACGAUUAUCUUGUUAAAUCAAUUAUCUGAUACUUGCCCCAUUUUAUAAGAGUUAAUGUAUUGAUUGAA